CGCCGGUUUUCUAGUCGCCCUGCUGAGCCCCGGCGCUCAUUCCGCCUCGAUCAGCCGAGCACACCGGUUCUCCGCAGACCCCGGAGAACUGUUCUCACGAGAGAGAGAAACAGGCAGGAGAGCAGGAACCUUUCAAGAGAAUACUUUGCAGGCGGCUUCGAGAAAGAUGAUCUCGUGGGUAGGAUUGCUAAGUCUGUGCUCGGUCGUUUUGUUGGCCGAAUCUCUACCGCCAUUCCUGGACCAGGAGGAGAAAAAGCCUUUACUGAUCAUAAGACCAAAACCUAAGAAAGCGCAGGAGGUGCUGAUGUUCGGUAAUCAGCAGAAUCAUCAGCCGGAAGCCAAUUCCGGAACGACUUACACGUCCAACACGGAGAAGAGAAACCUCCCUUCGUCGGGUUUGGGUGGAUUGAAGGUAGCGCUAGCGAAAGAAGAUCCCACUCGCUCGAAAUCCUCUUCAGUCCGCGAUGAUUUCUCCCCUUAUGACAAGAACUACGAGUUCGAAGUGGAGGACGAUGUGAACGUGUUGGGCCAAAAGGAGUCCAACGCCUGGAACGAUCCGCCGUACAGUCGUUACUACUCGAACGAGGACCGCAGGAAGAAGUCCGAGAAAGCUGCGAUCGUCGGGACGACCACCACGAAACCGGCCACCGUCUCUUAUCAAUCGCCGACGUCCACGCAGCAGUCGGUGCAGCCGCAGGUGAAGAGAAGCGUGCCGAUUUACCAAGAGCCGCGAUUCAAGAGGGAAUUGGAUAUUGAUCCGGAGGACGUGUUGACCCUCCUGUCCCUCUGGGAGAACAAGCGUCGUAACCGGAACUGGCACAAAUACAUAAACGACGAGUACGAGAACCUGGACGAAGAUGGCAACCUUCUUGAAGAGGACGACCCACGAAACGUUAUCCCGUGGAUGGACUCGCCGUAUCCUCCCCGCCACUACAUGGACUCCCUGUCGCCGUCGGACAUCGGCAUCGUGCGCACCCACCCGCCGAGCUACUACGAGCAGUUCGGCAGCCAGUACGGCCAACAAUACGAAGCCGCGUCUCAGUACGCCGGCAAUCCUCAGUACGGGCUCGUUUACCCUCAGCAAACCUACUACAACGCGCCGGAGAAGAGGUUCAUGGUCUCUAGGAAACGCUCGCAGACGUACGACCCUUACUCGAGCGCCUCGCAGUACCAGAUGAGCUCCCAAGCACGGGGAUUCCCCUACCAGCACCGUUUAGUGUAUUAAACCCGGCCGAGUUCGACCCGACAACCAAGAGAGCGACGGAACGACACAAACCAGGAAUGAAACUAGGAAAUUAUCGUAUUCCGGGAGAGCGGGGGUAGAAUCGGGGGACGCGCGGCUAUCUCCGGCGAGUUUCCCCUCAUUUUCGCUAUCCUGUCCUUCGUCGCGUGCAUCCGCGCACGUGCUCGCGGGCCGGACGAGAAAGACUACUUCUUAUACUCUAAGGGAACGCGUCGGACGGCGCUCGCCCGCGGGAGCACGCCGAAGAGGCGCGUGGCUAGCCGUGACAGCUUCUGAAAUCUCCUUUGGCUUUUUUAUAUUUAUAUGACGCUUACUCUUUCGUGUCCCGAUGGUGGUACCUUGCAGCGCCAUUUACAGUAGGCUAGAAGUCGAAUACAGUUUGAUCCUUAACCCUUCGAGGACGAAGAUUGCUGAAAGCAUACAAAAUCUUCUGCAGAUUCUGCUAAAUUAAACGCUGAAUACUUAAAUCAUGGAGAAUAAGGAAACUGUGUACCGAUUUCCUGCGAUUCGAAUAGUUAAAUCACUUGUUCGCAACUGGGUAUUCCAAAGAUGGAAGUUUGAUCUCAGCAGAAUGCAGACAUUCGUCCGCAAAGGAUUAAAGUACCGUUUACGUUAGAAUUAGAAGCGAAACGUAACUCGCUGUUUCUUUCCGGAAUUGGAUUCAAUUCGAAAUACCAUUUUAUGCGUUCACGACUGAAUCGAUGUGAAAUAUAUUUCUGCGCGUUACUUUGCAAUAGGGAUGGUAAAGGGGAUGCUGGGAUCGAGGACGUAAAGGGUUCAGUGAAGGUACUAUUAUUGACUGGAAAUAUGAAGCUUUUGCUAGUAAGACGCUUCGCGAGUUUCGAGUGCUGCGGAUAUUUUAUAAAAGGAAAGCUCGAGAUGCAGGAGGCAGUCGCUCUUCGGCGCGCUCUCGCGCACUUCCGGUUCAUACGGCGAAGUUGAGGGGCCCGUACACGUCACGAUCCAUCGUGCCGCGAAUUCAGAAUUCAAGAAAGAAAAGAACAAAAGAAAGGAAGUAAAAAACUUCAACUUCUGGAAGAGUUCUACUGUCUUUAAUGCAAAACACGUUUCGCGAGUAAUUGAAAUUACAAGAGCAAAGUUCUCGUCAGGCAGAAUGACUUAAAGGUAUCUCGAAGAAGAAAAGCGAGCGGAAUUGUUGAAUCUCGAUGAAUAUCGUCGCUCGACGGAUCGUCGCGUGUACGGGUGCAACGGUGUACUGAGAAAUUCCUCCGAUUCGUCGCGGGAUCUCGUCGCGAGGCGAGGAACGUGAACGUGUAUCGGCCCCUUCGCAACGUUUAAGCUCCUGGCGCGUGCAACGCCGCGGUCCAACCGAACCAUGGCGCUCACGCCACGACUGAAGUCCUUAAACAAUCGUAGUAUUCGAAUCAAACUACCCCUCAGGCUUGGUUUCAUCACUUCUCCGACUGAUAGAGAGAUAGGGAGCGAUGAGUUAGGAGGGUGGAUGCUUUCUUUUUGUUUCUCCGGAGAAAAAAAAGUGUUAGGCUAGACCGGUAGAUUACCGUAGAACUCGAGGAACCAGCUAGAGAAGAAGACGAAAAUGAAACGGAUACGAAAUUAAACGGAAAAGAAGAAAAACAAUGGGACGAUUGAACGUCAAUCGGGGACGAUAGAGAAUAGUAGGUGACGUUAGAUCACGCGAAUUUAGAGGGUCGAGGCUGAAGAGAUGUAAUUUUCUAAUCUUGUCGAUUCGUUUCGCGUCUACGAAUAUUGUUAUGUGUGAAUAUAUCUGUGGACGUAAGGCAGAGAAUCGCGUUUUCGAAAGUUUACUGGAACUUGGGCAUGUUGGAGAAGCUCUGUGUUAGCAUUUUGAAGAGAAACUAUUCUUUUAUGUCUUUAUCGUCUUAUCUUCGAGAUCCGAACUUCCUUAUUUCCGAAUCCAAUGUUAAAUACAGAUUUUCCUCGUUUGAUUUCGACGUGAUCUAGUUUUGAAACGAUGGCUCGUGCCGUACCGCCUUACGACCACAAAUAUAUGUAUAAAUAUAAAUAUUUAAAUAUAUAUAUAUAUGAAUAUAUAUAUAUUGUAUCUAAUAUUUGUUAAACGAGAGAGUGACCGAAGUUCGAUCGAGCUCGUUCGCGCGGUUUUUAAUCCAUCUGCUACGUGUUACUUUUACAACCAAAAGCAAAAAAAAUGAAAAAAAGCUAGAGAAAAGGGAAGGGAGGAAGAAUCAACAAUUACAAAAAAAGAAUAAUAAUAAUAAUAAUAAUAAUACUAAACGGAGCGUUGUUGUAGAGGACAACAAAGGUUUGGCUCCGAACGUUCGGUGUUGAAACGCUAACGACAUAUCUUCUAUUUCGAUUCACGCUUUAUAUUCCGAAACCCGCUGACUAAACGUUCCCCUAGACUUUUUACUAUUAUAAUCGUCAAUUAAUUUUCCUAGCCGUGUCACGGUCACUAAUUAAAUAACAAUAGUUGAUCGAGGCGACUGUUCGAUGAGUGUUUAGUGUAUAUCUCGAUAAUGUUCAACUUUUUCAAGCUGAUAUACGGGCCGAAUGGUUCAGGUUCUGCGACUCGAUUUCGGUUCGAACGACUGGAUACCAUUUUGCGAUCCGUAAACAUCUCGAAAUGAGGGUGACACAGUGUUCAAGUCAGUCUUCGAAGGAUGAUCCUUUUUGAACCACAUCUUCAUACAUGUAUUCGACCAUAUAGAAUCUUAAAAUAACGAAUAAUCGAGGUAUCUGAUAACGAAACAUUGAGAUAUCGAUGAAAUUUAUAUUCGCGUUCGCUGUGAACGAUCAAAAUUCGCGAGCUGCUCGACGAUCAAAACGGAGAAGAUCAGCGUGACAAACGUUUCGUUAAAGAUUCACGAUGUUUCCGGAAACAUUGAGAAUCGACGAACGCGAAGAAUUUCGUUUAAAAUGCGCGAACAAUUCGAAUGUUCCGAUCGAAAUUGAACAUUUCUUUGGAAAGCUUCCAGCGUGACCGACAAAAUGGCGUGUCGCGAGACGGAUCGGGCGCGCGGAAUUUAAACCUCGGCCGCGGCCGCGACGCGUAAAAGUGUGUGGAACACCUGUUAACCGAUAAUCCAUCGUCUACCAAUUGUUAACCGAACACAGCAGAGAAGGUUGUACGUGGUUCGUGAGUCAGUGUCCGACGAAUUCUGUUUUCGAUCGAAACCAAACACGGCCUUCCAUUUGCAGCAAACUUGUUCCGAGGAGACUGAAUAAUUUAGUCCUUUCUGUUUCUCGUUUCUCGUCGUCCGAUGUCCGGUGUAUGCUCGAAAAAGAGGAAGCGAAUUAAAAGGAAAGAAGCUGAAUGAAGACAAAAGAGAGAGAGAGAGAGUGUGUGUACGUGUGAGAGAGAAAGAAAGAGAGAGAGCAGAAGAAAAUCGUAACAGGUGAGGAGAGAGAGAGAUGAGGAAAUGGUUUUUUCGAGACGACUGACCGUAAAGGAAGGGGGAAAAAAAACCUUUUGUGACUUAACGCUAUCACAUAUAUUUUUGACGAUCGUUUAGCGUGUAAUUUAGACUUACUUCUAGCACUUAAGUAUUACCGAGACGAUGAAGAGUAAUUCAGUAUUUAUUAUACGACGCAUACACACGUGUAUAUAUAUAUGUGCGUGUACAUGUAUAUAUACAUAUGUAAUUAAUGUUACUCAUAGACGAUGAGAAGUAUUAAUUAUUGUAUAAUUAAACUGAUAUCAAUCAAUCGGGCUUGCGUUUCAUUCACACAUAUUUUCAUUUUGCCGGUUCGAAGUGAUUCUCGCGGCACGAGGAGACGACAGCUUACUCAUGGCCUUUUUUUACGUCCUACGACUGUGUUUGCGUGGGUGUUCGUUGCCGAGAUAUUAACGGAUUAAACGUAGAAAUUCCGACGAAUUCGAGAUGGUAAACUCUGGAGACUGUUCUCGUUGUCGAUUUCACCCCUUGAAGACGAAUCAACUUUCAACGAAGCACGAUUUUCGAAUUUUCUGUGAACUGAUUACGAUCCUUUACAUUAAUAUACUGUAUCAUCCGGUAGUACGGUGAUUACAUCGAUUAUUUAUAAUUACGACAUGCGCCGUAAUUCAACACCUUCGUGUUUAGAACUCGGUUUCCGUCGUUGGUCUUGAAAGGGUUGAAAGGAUGACGAGCUCUAAUUUGCAGUCCUAGGCAACGAACGAGACUCGAAGGGUAUAUCGCGAUUUGGAUUUUCAAUGGAACUUUGUUCAGUCUCAAUCGAACAGCGCUUGAACAAACAAUGUUAACCAACACUCGAAUAUAUCCGACAUCGGCCAACCGUCGACCCGUUUUACUUUACAAAUGGAUUCUAUGUGUGCGUACUAUAAAAUAAGUAUCGUGUAAACGUGUCAACUUUCGAGAUCUAUAUUACGUGUGCGUACUAAAAUCGAAUGAUGGGGAAGAUUAAGGGAUGAUUGGGGGUGUCGAAAGAAGAUUAACAUGAUUAGGGCCAGAUUAAACGGAUUAAAACGAACAAAAAAAAAGAAAAAGAGGAAACGAAUAAGAAAUGCAGAGGAGACCGACGACAAAAGAAUCGUGUGUCACCCGAUGCCAGAAAUAUUUUUCAAAC